AUUAAACAGUUUUCCAGGUUAAAUGUAACAUUAGACAUCAGGUCAUCUCUGAGUCCAUUUCAGAACCGGGGAUCCGAACACAGACUGGAACCAGAACCAUUUUUAUGGUAAAUCUGCAGGAGGCCAAACUUUUAGAUGGAAAAUCAAAUGAUGGAGGAAACAGGAACAUUUGGUUUGCUUCCAUCAGGAAGUCAACAACUCACACCUUAUUAAAAACUCAUGUCAGCAACAAAGCCGAGGCCUAACGUUGCUAAAUUUAGAUUGAAAACUAGCAAACAAAAAACCUUUGGGUUUUCCUGAAUAAACAGGAGUUUUCCCAACCAACUGAAGGACCUGAAUCAGCAGGUUUGAUACAUGAGCUCAACAAAUCCAGCCACUCAUGGGAGAUAAUUUAAACUACAUAAUGGUUCAUAUGAAAUAUACAUUAUAAUUUUUCAGAGGGUUUUUUUGGGUCAUUAUCUUUAAGCCAUAAUUAUCAAACUGGCAAGAGCUUGAGGCUUGAAAUAUUCUACUCUGUGUGUGAUAGAUUUGUAUAACAUCUGAGUUUAAGUGACAUUAUUUAGAUUUUUAUAGCUGAACCUGUAGUUAAUCUACGUGUGGUUGACGAUGUGUGGCCCAUGGAGCUCAUUUCUCGGGUAUUUUUCUAGUAAAAAACAGGCAGGAAGUCUGACAUUUGGGAAUUACUGCUGUUAUUCUCUGAAAGCCAAAAUGGCGUCACAGCCCAGGCAGCACAUGUGGGCGGGAAAAUGUCGCUGCGCCUCUACUCGGCUCUUUUCGGCCAUCGUCGGAAAACAUGCGGAGCAGCAGUAGCAGCGAGCGACGUGGAGCGCGCAGCCGCCGGAGGAGCACCGCGACCUGGGAAAGAUUUCACCCAGUCUGCGGUCAGGGUGUCGGCGCGGGGAGCGGGCUGGAGGGUCGGGAACAGAAGAAUGAGAGAGGCCUCUAAGCGGAGGGGCCGAAAACAUGAACGGGGCCGUUUACAUUUCGUUUUUCCAGGGCCAGCUGGAGUCCGUGCUGGAGCAGGUCGUUCAGCUCGCCGUCCAGGAAAUCAGCAAGUCGGUGGGCUCCAGCCUGAACGCCCUGCUGCUAGAGACGGCCGCCAAGGAGCAGGAAAACCGCCGGCUCCGCCUGCAGCUGCAGACCCGUGAAGGCCGGGGCUCGACCGCCCCGGAGGACGGAGGCUCCGCGGCGGGCGGUAGGAGCGGCAAGGCGGGCGACGAGCGGGGGGACGGCGGCAGGACAAAGCCCGAGCCACGCGGCGCCGGAGCGCGUGGCGGAGAACCCGCAGCGCCCGUGACGGCUGUGGACACCCGCCGCCUGGAGCAGCGCGGACGGGUCGUAGACCAGCUGAAGUCCGUCAUGGAGCAGGUCCUGGCCUUCGCGCUGCGUGAGCUCACCAAGAUCGUGGAGGCAUCGUUCGACGACCUGCUGCUGGAGAUCACCAAGAUGGAGGCGGAGCAGCAGCAGCUGGAGGACAAGCUAGGGCGGAGCUCCGAGCGGGGGGGCGGGGACAAGUCCCGAGGGGGCGGGGCCGGGGGCAGGAGGCGGGGCUCCGUCAACGACUCGGUGUCGCCCAGCGGGUCCGAAGACACCCGGGAGGAACCGGCCGAGGAGCCCAAAGAGACGGCGCCGGCAGACGACCCAGAGCCCCCCCCGGCCCCCCCUGCCCCCCAGGACUGGGUUCCCAUCCUGGACAAGGUGUUCGGUCAGAAGUGGUGCAGUGACGUCUGGCCCAUGAAAGCUCAAGGUGGAGACGGUCGCCGCGGUGACGGGCCGGGUCCCAGUGAGGGGGGGGGUCACCAUGGCGACCUCGUCUCCUCCACCUCGGUGAUCCUGCAGCCCUCGCCCUCGUCCCCCCAGCAGGACCCCCGCUGGACGCCCCUGGAGGACAUGGAGGUGUUUUCUCCCGACGACGACGAAGCAGCCGACAGUCAGAGCAGCGCCGCCGCCGCCACUGCGACCCCGCCCGCACCGGGGCCCACACCCACCCCAGGGCCCCCUCUCAGCCCGUCAGGCCGCCGCUCCUCUGCCUCCAUGCUUCAUCGCCUCCUCACGCUGCCGUCUCAGCUGCUGGACGAAGACGACGAAGACGCCGCCGCCAAGGAGACGCUCAUCGCCCUGGCAACCAACGGCAGCAGCGACCAGCGGGACGACACGGAGCCGACGGUCCGGGGAGAGGAGGACGAGGAAGAGGAGGAGGAAGAGGAGGAGGGGGACAAAGGGAGGAAGAAGAAGCGGCGGCGCGUUUGGUCGGAGUGUGAGGAGUGCGGCCGGCGGUUCAGCCGCAUGUCGCUGCUGAAGGCGCACCGCCAGACGCACGCCGCCGGCGACUCGGCCGCCGCCGACACGUCGUCGUCGCCGCCGCCGGCCGGCGCCGCCUCGCCGCUGCGCUGCUCCGAAUGCGGCAAGAGGUUCUCGUCCAACACCCGGCUGCACAGCCACGUCCGGACCCAGCACCCCGACCAGUCCUGAGGCUUUUACUCUGAAAGGCAGCAGGAAGUGGGAUCAGUGAGGCCCGUUUACCUCGGAACCAGAGCAAAGUUCUGGUCGUGGAAACCGGAUCCGCCUGAUUCUGCAGCCAGAAGGAACUUUUUAUGAACCUUUUAAAGCAGAAGAAUUUAACUAAGGGAACCAGAACCAGAGGUCCAGACCCGGGCCGUCCGGUACUGAGCUGCAGCUCCGUCAGGACCACAGAACGGUUAGUCUGCCUCCGUUUUUACCAGAAUUUCUCUUUCUGACGAAGUAAGAAAGUAAAACGAGGUUCUGAGAACUUCCCGACCGGAACCGGAACCAGAACCAGAACCACUUGGACUUUGGGUUUUACAGGAAACCAGAGAGGAUCUCUGAUGUGCAAGACUCAGAACUUUAAUUCAUUUAGAGAUCAUCUUGUUGAAUUUCUCAGAAUCGGAACCAACCGGACCCGGAGAACCGAGGCGCUCUUCUUCUUCUCCUCCUCCUCCUCGGUGUGUAAAUUAGUCCUCCAGGUGGACAGGAAGUGACCUCACGCUCUGAGGCUUCCCGCCGCCUGACGCUUUGUUUGGCUCCUCUUGUCGGAUCAGAACCGGGCUUUCUAAGUGCCACCGGACUCUUCCUGGUUAUUUUCCUGACUCCUGCUCUACUUCCUGUCGGCCAUGUUGCUUCAGAUGUUUACAGAGGAGCCGGUCGGUCCGCGGCGGCAUCACAUCGUCACUGCCAGCAAGAUGUAAAGUCACAACGAGCCGCUUGCUUUUCCCUCCCUGCUGAGCGGAAAGGGCUGAAAAUAAAACGUCAGAGUAUUAAAAUAUAUGAAAUUAUAACAUAACACUAAACUUUGUUCCUACACAAAGUAAUGGGACAAAUGAAUUAAAAGUUCUAGCACUUAAAUUAGA